AUGCCACUCACUGCAGUUGCACAGUAUUGUGGUACGGCAAAUGUUGCUGCUAACAUCGAAACAUGCUUUAAACUUAUGAGAGAUGCCGUCGUUAAAGGUGCUCAGAUGGUAUUCUUUCCAGAAGCAUCUGAUUUUAUAGCAUCAAAUACCAAAGAGACAAUUGAACUGACAAAGGCUCAUUCGAAGUCUUUUGUUGAGGAUAUAAAGAAAGAAGCUAGGAAUCAGAAAUUAUGGGUAUCCAUUGGAGUGCACGAACAGAAUGGCCCCGUUAUUCUGGAAAGCACUGGCACAGCUUAUGGAGAACAAGUAAUUAACCCUAUUUCAACCCCCUUGGGGAAAGUAGGGAUGGCUGUAUGUUAUGAUUUACGGUUUCCAGAGUUGUCAACCGAGUUGCGUAAGAGAGGAGCCGACAUUCUGACAUAUCCAUCCGCAUUCACUGUAAAGACUGGACAGGCACAUUGGGGUAAUUACACAACUGCCAAAAUCUAUCAGAGAGUGCAUAAUGAUAAAAGAGCAAGCUAUGGUAAUGCUAUGAUUGUGGAUCCAUGGGGAACUGUUCUUGCGAGAUGCCCAGAGACUGUAAAACCCAGUUUAGCUUUUGCAGAUAUUGAUUUGGAUAGAUUACACCAGAUUAGAAGAGAAAUGCCAAUCAUGGAUCACAGAAGGGUUGACAUAUUCCCUCAUCUGGCAUCAUAA